CAGUGCACUGACAAGCCGGUCUCACACAGCUGUCAUUCAGUGAAAACGGCUGCAGUGCAACUGAACAACUAAAUCUAUGAAGCUCGUUCACAAAGUUAAUGAGAACGAGCUUCAUAGAAGCUGCAAAGAGUUUCCCUUUUAUGCGCAUGCUUGGAAGUGAAGGAGUGAAGCAGGGAGUGCGCAUACAGUCUAUAUAGACAACGCGCGUUACAACAUGGCGGCUAGCACCACAUUCAGUAGGCGGUGGUUUAGGGGUAAUAUUGGAGCUGAAAAAUAAUUGAGCAGAUGCUAGGAAAAUAAAAAAAAUGGUAUUUAUACUCUGAAAACCAAAGAUGGUGUCUCCUACCAAACCUUCUGUGAUAUGAAGACAGAUGGAGGAGGAUGGACCUUAGUGGCCAGUGUCCAUGAGAAUAACUUACGUGGGAAGUGCACUGUGGGUGACCGCUGGUCAAGUCAGCAGGGGAAUAAUAAAUUAUAUCCUGCAGAAUCCUGGCUAUUAUGACAUCUCAGCUAGUAACUUAGGCGUGUGGCAUGUUCCAAAUGAUACUCCACUGUUUCUGUGGAAAAAUUCUUCUCUUCUAAGAUAUCGCACAGAGAAUGGAUUCUUUACUGCCAUGGGUGGAAACCUCUUCCAGCUGUAUAUGAAAUACCCAGUGGCGUUUAAUGCUGGAUCUUGCCCUAAAAACAAUGGACCUGCUGUACCUGUUGUGUAUGAUUUUGGAGAUAUCAAGAAGGCAGCCAAUUACUACUCACCAUUUGGCAGAAAGGAAUUUGAUGCUGGUUAUGUCCAAUUUCGAGUUUUUAAUGAUAAAAAAGCUGCAGUGGCGUUGUGCCCCGGAAUGAAGGUGCUUUCCUGUAAUCCUGAGUAUCACUGUGUGGGAGGAAGUGGCUUUUCUCCUGAUCCAACAAAGUGUGGAGAUUUUCCAGGCCAUGACAGUGGUGGUUCUGGAAAACCUAGAGCUUGGAGCAACAGCAAGGAGAUAACAGAGGCUGCUGUGCUUCUCUUUUACCGCUGACCAUCACCUACAAUGUUAUACCUUCUCAGCUGAAAUUCAUCUGUUAUUGACUAAAUAAAGCUAUUUAGCAGAUCACUA